AUGAUGAACAACAACGGCUACUCCGAGGCCGCGGGCCUCGGCCUGGGCGACGAGGUGGACGACAUGCCGUCCACGGAGAAGGACCUGGCGGAGGACGCGCCGUGGAAGAAGAUCCAGCAGAACACGUUCACGCGCUGGUGCAACGAGCACCUCAAGUGCGUGGGCAAGCGCCUGACCGACCUGCAGCGCGACCUCAGCGACGGGCUGCGCCUCAUCGCGCUGCUCGAGGUGCUCAGCCAGAAGCGCAUGUACCGCAAGUUCCACCCGCGCCCCAACUUCCGCCAGAUGAAGCUGGAGAACGUGUCCGUGGCCCUCGAGUUCCUCGAGCGCGAGCACAUCAAGCUCGUGUCCAUCGACAGCAAGGCCAUCGUGGAUGGGAACCUGAAGCUCAUCCUUGGUCUCAUCUGGACGCUGAUCCUGCACUACUCCAUCUCCAUGCCCAUGUGGGAAGACGAGGAUGACGAGGAUGCCCGCAAGCAGACCCCCAAACAGCGUCUGCUUGGCUGGAUCCAGAACAAGGUGCCCCAGCUGCCCAUCACCAACUUCAACCGCGACUGGCAGGACGGCAAGGCUCUGGGUGCCCUGGUAGACAACUGUGCCCCUGGCCUCUGCCCUGACUGGGAGGCCUGGGACCCCAACCAGCCCGUGCAGAACGCCCGGGAGGCCAUGCAGCAGGCGGACGACUGGCUCGGGGUGCCCCAGGUGAUUGCCCCCGAGGAGAUUGUGGACCCCAAUGUGGAUGAGCAUUCUGUCAUGACUUACCUGUCCCAGUUCCCCAAGGCCAAACUCAAACCUGGGGCCCCUGUUCGCUCCAAGCAGCUGAACCCUAAGAAGGCCAUCGCCUAUGGGCCUGGCAUCGAGCCCCAUGGCAAUACUGUGCUGCAGCCCGCCCACUUCACCGUGCAGACGGUGGACGCCGGCGUGGGAGAGGUGCUGGUCUAUAUUGAGGACCCCGAGGGCCACACUGAGGAGGCCAAGGUGGUUCCCAACAAUGACAAGAACCGCACCUACGCAGUCUCCUAUGUGCCCAAGGUCGCUGGGCUGCACAAGGUGACCGUGCUCUUUGCCGGCCAGAACAUCGAACGCAGCCCCUUUGAGGUGAAUGUGGCCAUGGCCCUGGGGGAUGCCAACAAGGUGUCAGCCCGUGGCCCUGGCCUGGAGCCUGUGGGCAAUGUGGCCAAUAAACCCACCUACUUUGACAUCUACACAGCGGGGGCUGGGACUGGUGAUGUUGCCGUGGUGAUCGUGGACCCGCAGGGCCGGCGGGACACAGUGGAUGUGGCCCUGGAGGACAAGGGCGACAGCACAUUCCGAUGCACAUACAGACCUGUGAUGGAGGGGCCCCACACUGUGCACGUGGCCUUCGCCGGUGCCCCCAUCACCCGCAGCCCUUUCCCUGUCCACGUGGCAGAAGCCUGUAACCCCAAUGCCUGCCGCGCCUCGGGGCGGGGCCUGCAGCCCAAGGGUGUGCGUGUGAAAGAGGUGGCAGACUUCAAGGUAUUCACGAAGGGUGCUGGCAGCGGGGAGCUCAAGGUCACCGUCAAGGGGCCAAAGGGCACAGAGGAGCCGGUGAAGGUGCGGGAAGCCGGGGAUGGUGUGUUCGAGUGUGAAUACUACCCAGUGGUUCCUGGGAAGUACGUGGUGACCAUCACAUGGGGUGGCUAUGCCAUCCCCCGCAGCCCCUUUGAGGUACAGGUGAGCCCAGAGGCAGGAACACAGAAGGUUCGGGCCUGGGGUCCCGGCCUGAAAACGGGCCAGGUGGGCAAGUCGGCCGACUUUGUGGUGGAGGCCAUCGGCACGGAGGUGGGGACACUGGGCUUCUCCAUUGAGGGGCCCUCACAGGCCAAGAUCGAGUGUGAUGACAAGGGGGAUGGCUCCUGCGAUGUGAGGUACUGGCCCACAGAGCCCGGGGAGUAUGCCGUGCAUGUCAUCUGUGAUGAUGAGGACAUCCAAGACUCACCCUUCAUUGCCCACAUCCAGCCGGCCGUGCCUGACUGCUUCCCAGACAAGGUGAAGGCCUUUGGGCCUGGCCUGGAGCCCACUGGCUGCAUCGUGGACAAGCCUGCAGAGUUCACCAUUGAUGCCCGCGCCGCUGGCAAGGGAGACCUGAACCUGUAUGCCCAGGACGCUGACGGCUGCCCUGUCAACAUCACGGUUAUCCCCAAUGGUGACGGCACCUUCCGCUGCUCCUAUGUGCCCACCAAGCCCAUCAAACACACCAUCAUCGUCUCCUGGGGAGGUGUCAACGUGCCCAAGAGCCCCUUCCGGGUGAACGUGGGAGAAGGCAGUCACCCUGAGCGGGUGAAGGUGUAUGGCCCAGGUGUGGAGAAGACGGGCCUCAAGGCCAACGAGCCCACCUACUUCACUGUGGACUGCAGUGAGGCUGGGCAAGGUGAUGUGAGUAUUGGCAUCAAAUGUGCCCCCGGCGUUGUGGGCCCUGCAGAAGCUGACAUCGACUUCGACAUCAUCAAGAACGACAACGACACCUUUACAGUCAAGUACACGCCCCCAGGAGCCGGCCACUACACCAUCAUGGUGCUGUUUGCCAACAAGGAGAUCCCUGCCAGCCCCUUCCAUAUUAAGGUGGACCCAUCCCAUGACGCCAGCAAGGUCAAGGCUGAGGGCCCUGGGCUGAACCGUACGGGUGUGGAAGUCGGGAAGCCCACUCACUUCACGGUGCUGACCAAGGGAGCUGGCAAGGCCAAGCUGGACGUGCACUUUGCCGGGGCCGCCAAGGGUGAGGCUGUGCGGGACUUUGAAAUCAUUGACAACCAUGACUACUCCUACACUGUCAAGUACACAGCUGUCCAGCAGGGCAACAUGGCAGUGACAGUGACCUACGGUGGGGACCCUGUCCCUAAGAGCCCCUUUGUGGUGAAUGUGGCGCCCCCGCUUGACCUGAGCAAAGUCAAAGUUCAAGGCCUGAACAGCAAGGCGGCUGUGGGGCAAGAACAGGCGUUCUCCGUGAAUACCCGAGGGGCUGGCGGUCAGGGCCAGCUGGAUGUGCGGAUGACCUCCCCCUCCCGCCGACCCAUCCCCUGCAAGCUGGAGCCCGGGGGCGGAGCUGAAACCCAGGCUGUGCGCUACAUGCCCCCCGAGGAGGGACCCUACAAGGUGGACAUCACCUAUGAUGGUCACCCCGUGCCUGGCAGCCCCUUUGCUGUGGAGGGUGUCCUGCCCCCUGACCCCUCCAAGGUCUGCGCUUAUGGCCCUGGUCUCAAGGGUGGACUGGUAGGCACCCCGGCACCCUUCUCCAUUGACACCAAGGGGGCUGGCACAGGCGGCCUGGGGCUGACCGUGGAGGGCCCCUGCGAGGCCAAGAUCGAGUGCCAGGACAACGGCGAUGGCUCAUGCGCUGUCAGCUACCUGCCCACGGAGCCGGGCGAAUACACCAUCAACAUCCUAUUUGCCGAAGCCCACAUCCCCGGCUCGCCCUUCAAGGCCACCAUCCGGCCUGUGUUCGACCCAAGCAAGGUGCGGGCCAGCGGGCCAGGCCUGGAGCGUGGCAAGGCCGGCGAGGCAGCCACCUUCACUGUGGACUGCUCAGAGGCGGGUGAGGCUGAGCUGACCAUCGAGAUCCUGUCGGACGCCGGCGUCAAGGCCGAGGUCCUGAUCCACAACAAUGCCGAUGGCACCUACCACAUCACCUACAGCCCCGCCUUCCCUGGCACCUACACCAUUACCAUCAAGUACGGUGGGCACCCCGUCCCCAAGUUCCCUACCCGUGUCCACGUGCAGCCUGCUGUCGACACCAGCGGAGUCAAGGUCUCGGGCCCCGGUGUGGAGCCUCACGGUGUCCUGCGCGAGGUGACCACCGAGUUCACUGUGGAUGCCAGAUCCCUAACGGCCACGGGUGGGAACCACGUGACCGCGCGUGUGCUCAACCCCUCGGGGGCUAAGACAGACACCUAUGUGACGGACAACGGGGAUGGCACCUACCGGGUGCAGUACACAGCCUAUGAGGAGGGCGUGCAUCUGGUGGAGGUGCUGUAUGACGAGGUCGCUGUGCCCAAGAGCCCCUUCAGAGUGGCUGUGACGGAGGGCUGUGACCCCACCCGUGUGCGGGCCUUUGGGCCAGGCCUAGAGGGGGGCUUGGUCAACAAGGCCAACCACUUCACCGUGGAGACCAGGGGAGCGGGCACUGGAGGCCUCGGCCUAGCCAUCGAGGGCCCCUCGGAAGCCAAGAUGUCCUGCAAGGACAACAAAGAUGGCAGCUGCACUGUGGAGUACAUCCCCUUCACAGCUGGGGACUAUGACGUCAACAUCACCUUCGGGGGACGACCCAUCCCAGGGAGCCCGUUCCGGGUGCCGGUGAAGGAUGUGGUGGACCCUGGGAAGGUGAAGUGCUCGGGGCCAGGGCUGGGGGCCGGCGUCAGGGCUCGGGUGCCCCAGACCUUCACAGUGGACUGCAGCCAAGCUGGCCGAGCUCCGCUGCACGUGGCCGUGCUGGGUCCCACAGGUGUGGCGGAGCCUGUGGAGGUACUGGACAACGGAGGCGGCACCCACACGGUCCACUACACCCCAGCCACCGAUGGGCCCUACACGGUAGCCGUCAAGUAUGCUGACCAGGAGGUGCCACGCAGCCCCUUCAAGAUCAAGGUGCUUCCUGCCCACGACGCCAGCAAGGUACGGGCCAGUGGCCCCGGCCUCAACGCCUCUGGCAUCCCUGCCAGCCUGCCUGUGGAGUUCACCAUUGACGCCCGAGAUGCUGGGGAGGGUCUGCUUACCGUCCAGAUCCUGGACCCCGAGGGAAAGCCCAAGAAGGCCAACAUCCGAGACAAUGGGGAUGGCACAUACACUGUGUCCUACCUGCCAGACAUGAGUGGUCGGUACACCAUCACCAUCAAGUAUGGUGGCGACGAGAUCCCCUACUCACCCUUCCGCAUCCACGCCCUGCCCACCGGGGAUGCCAGCAAGUGUCUUGUCACGGUGUCCAUUGGAGGCCAUGGUCUGGGUGCCUGCCUGGGACCCCGCAUCCAAAUCGGGGAGGAGACCGUGAUCACGGUGGAUGCCAAGGCAGCAGGCAAGGGCAAGGUGACGUGCACAGUAUCCACACCCGACGGGGCGGAGCUUGACGUGGAUGUGGUGGAAAACCAUGAUGGUACCUUUGACAUCUACUACACGGCGCCCGAGCCGGGCAAGUACGUCAUCACCAUCCGCUUUGGAGGCGAGCACAUCCCCAACAGCCCCUUCCACGUGCUGGCGUCUGACCCCAUGGCCCACGUGGAGGAGCCCUCUGAUGUGCUGCACCAGCCCAGCACCUACCCCGCACACUGGGCCACAGAAGAGCCAGUGGUGCCCGCAGAGCCAAUGGAGUCCAUGCUGAGGCCCUUCAACCUGGUCAUCCCCUUCACCGUACAGAAAGGGGAACUCACAGGGGAGGUACGGAUGCCCUCUGGGAAGACAGCCCGGCCCAACAUCACCGACAACAAGGACGGCACCAUCACGGUGAGGUACGCGCCCACCGAGAAAGGCCUGCACCACAUGGGGAUCAAGUAUGACGGCAACCACAUCCCCGGAAGCCCCAUGCAGUUCUACGUGGACGCCAUCAACAGCCGCCAUGUCAGUGCAUACGGGCCAGGCCUGAGCCACGGCAUGGUCAACAAGCCGGCCACCUUCACCAUUGUCACCAAGGACGCCGGGGAAGGGGGUCUGUCCCUGGCCGUGGAGGGCCCCUCCAAGGCUGAGAUCACCUGCAAGGACAACAAGGAUGGCACCUGCACCGUGUCCUACCUACCCACGGCGCCCGGAGACUACAGCAUCAUCGUGCGCUUUGAUGACAAGCAUAUCCCAGGGAGCCCCUUCACAGCCAAGAUCACAGGUGACGACUCAAUGCGCACGUCACAGCUGAACGUGGGCACCUCCACGGACGUGUCCCUGAAGAUCACCGAGAGUGAUCUGAGCCUGCUGACCGCCAGCAUCCGUGCCCCCUCGGGCAACGAGGAGCCCUGCCUGUUAAAGCGCCUGCCCAACCGCCACAUCGGCAUCUCCUUCACCCCCAAGGAAGUUGGGGAGCACGUGGUAAGCGUGCGCAAGAGUGGCAAGCAUGUCACCAACAGCCCCUUCAAGAUCCUGGUGGGGCCGUCUGAGAUCGGGGAUGCCAGCAAGGUGCGCGUCUGGGGCAAGGGUCUGUCUGAGGGACAAACCUUCCAGGUGGCGGAGUUCAUCGUGGACACUCGCAAUGCAGGUUACGGGGGUCUGGGGCUGAGUAUUGAAGGCCCCAGCAAGGUGGACAUCAACUGCGAAGACAUGGAGGACGGCACGUGCAAAGUCACCUACUGCCCCACUGAGCCCGGCACCUACAUCAUCAACAUCAAGUUUGCGGACAAGCACGUGCCAGGAAGCCCGUUCACUGUGAAGGUGACCGGUGAGGGCCGCAUGAAGGAGAGCAUCACGCGGCGCAGGCAGGCGCCUUCCAUCGCCACCAUUGGCAGCACCUGCGACCUCAACCUCAAAAUCCCAGGAAACUGGUUCCAGAUGGUGUCUGCCCAGGAGCGCCUGACGCGCACCUUCACCCGCAGCAGCCACACCUACACCCGCACAGAGCGCACAGAGAUCAGCAAGACGCGGGGCGGCGAGACCAAGCGCGAGGUGCGGGUGGAGGAGUCCACCCAGGUUGGGGGCGACCCCUUCCCUGCCGUCUUCGGGGACUUCCUGGGCCGGGAGCGCCUGGGCUCCUUCGGCAGCAUCACCCGACAGCAGGAGGGGGAGGCCAGUUCUCAGGACAUGACCGCACAGGUGACCAGCCCGUCAGGCAAGAUGGAAGCCGCCGAGAUCGUCGAGGGAGAAGACAGUGCAUACAGCGUGCGCUUCGUGCCCCAGGAGAUGGGGCCCCACACAGUCACUGUCAAGUACCGCGGCCAGCAUGUGCCUGGUAGCCCCUUCCAGUUCACUGUGGGCCCACUGGGUGAAGGCGGCGCCCACAAAGUGAGGGCUGGAGGCACUGGACUGGAGCGAGGGGUGGCCGGCGUGCCAGCUGAGUUCAGCAUCUGGACCCGAGAAGCAGGGGCUGGGGGCCUGUCCAUUGCCGUGGAGGGCCCCAGCAAGGCGGAGAUCGCCUUUGAGGACCGAAAAGAUGGCUCCUGUGGGGUCUCCUAUGUUGUCCAGGAACCAGGUGACUAUGAGGUCUCCAUCAAGUUCAACGAUGAGCACAUACCAGACAGUCCCUUUGUGGUGCCUGUGGCCUCCCUCUCAGAUGACGCUCGCCGCCUCACCGUCACCAGCCUCCAGGAGACAGGUCUCAGAGUGAACCAGCCGGCGUCCUUUGCAGUGCAGCUGAAUGGUGCUCGGGGCGUGAUCGAUGCUCGUGUGCACACGCCCUCGGGCGCGGUGGAGGAGUGCUACGUCUCUGAGCUGGACAGCGACAAGCACGCCAUCCGCUUCAUCCCCCAUGAAAACGGCGUCCACUCUAUUGAUGUCAAGUUCAACGGUGCCCACAUCCCUGGCAGUCCCUUCAAGAUCCGUGUUGGGGAGCAGAGCCAGGCUGGGGACCCAGGCUUGGUGUCAGCUUACGGUCCUGGGCUUGAGGGAGGCACUACUGGCGUGUCAUCAGAGUUCAUUGUCAACACCCUGAACGCGGGCUCAGGGGCCUUGUCUGUCACCAUCGAUGGCCCCUCCAAGGUACAGCUGGACUGUCGGGAGUGUCCUGAGGGCCACGUGGUCACUUACACUCCCAUGGCCCCUGGCAACUACCUCAUUGCUAUCAAGUACGGUGGCCCCCAGCACAUCGUGGGCAGCCCCUUCAAGGCCAAAGUCACAGGUCCUCGGCUGUCUGGAGGACACAGCCUUCACGAAACAUCCACGGUCCUGGUGGAGACCGUGACCAAGUCAUCCUCCAGCCGCGGCUCCAGCUACAGCUCUAUCCCUAAGUUCUCCUCAGAUGCCAGCAAGGUGGUGACACGGGGCCCGGGGCUGUCCCAGGCCUUUGUGGGCCAGAAGAACUCCUUCACUGUGGACUGCAGCAAAGCAGGAACCAAUAUGAUGAUGGUGGGUGUGCACGGGCCCAAGACCCCAUGUGAGGAGGUCUACGUGAAGCACAUGGGGAACCGGGUCUACAACGUCACCUACACUGUCAAGGAGAAAGGGGACUAUAUCCUCAUUGUUAAGUGGGGGGAUGAAAGUGUCCCUGGAAGCCCCUUCAAAGUCAAUGUGCCCUGAAUCCCAGAAGUGCCUCCCCCAGCCUCGGCCCCCACCUCCGGCCAACGCACUCACACUCACACACAAACACACACGCAAGUACCACACCUAGAAGCACACGCAGAAUCAGACCACUAACACCUGCCUGGGGUGUGGGACGGGCGGCACAGCCUCCCCACCCCGCCAUGCCCCCCGGGCUUGGAGGGCCUCACCUGUCUCAGGGCAGUGUUCCUCCCAUCGAAUGUGACACGAGGGUGGGCUAGGGGUUGGGAGGGGGUGAAGGGAAGCCCCGAGUUUUCUGGUGGGGCUGAGGCCAGCGGGAAGCAUGUGUUUGGGGGUGUCUGCGUGUGUGAGAGGUCACCCUCAAACCGCACUGCCGGCCAGACCACCUUGCUGCUAAGGACCGUGUCUGGCCCCUCUGGUGGCCACAGGACUUGGAGAAGAAAGCACAAUCAGAGGAGAAAACAGACCCAGACCCAGCAGCAGCGCUGGACGUGGCCUGGCCCUGGGCGACCUCUAGCUGCCCAGCCAGGCUUCCUGGAGGACUGCUUUCUCU